CACCUACACGAUUAUAUUUUGCCUAGCAGCUUUUAAGGAAAAACAUCCUUACGGCUCAGUUUUGCGUAUUAACUUUCCACUAAUUGUUCUCUAACCGGAUUAAUUACCAGGUUGUUAAAUUAAUCAUUGGAAAUGUAAUCAAUAAUAAUAAUAUAAAUGAGAAGUGAAGUGGCAACGCAGAACUGCAACCUGUCACCUGUCACUCACUAACUGUGUGUGAAAUCUAAGCGUUUUUUGCUUUGAUUUAAUGUACUUUUAUGAGUGCUUAUGCUGUUAUGUGCGUUGUUUGGUGAAUCUGUGAUAGUUUAAGUGAAGUCGACGGCAAUGCCAUUAUCAAGUUAGCCGUACUUAAAAUCCCGCUGUAAGUACAAUUCAAAAACCACCCAACAUGGAUAGGCCGAACAAAAACUACGAUGAUUCGUAUUUGCAAAAUAAAAUGGAAACUUUAUCAAUGAACAGUCCCAAGUACGGCAAAAUAGGGAACGUUGCCAAGGGAGAGCCGGCCGUUCCGUACCAGGAUAAGCCAGUUGGCGCAAAAGACUACACUUUAUAUCAACGGCAAAAUGUGAUUGCUAGCUCAAAGUAUGCGACCCCAAAACAGCUAGAGACGCUGGGGAGUCAUAGGAAGACUCCAGAAGAAAACAAUGUCUACGUGCAAGUGGCGAAGCCUCAAGUUCCGCUCAGCGCCAGCCCCACACAUAGCUCCGGACCAGUGUAUGAAAACAUCGACUAUUAUCCAGCCCAUCGAUCACAGCAGAGCUACAGCUACAGCGAAAAGGCCCAGCCCCAAGUUCCCAUGGGAAGUCGAGACUAUGCCGGCGGGGGCCCAUCGGUCUAUGAAAACGUGCAAAGCUACUACCACAAAUCGUCCGGUGCUCAACCAGGGCCUCAAGUACCUUCAACUUAUCAGUACCAUCAAAGUGCUGUCCCUCAGCAUGCAGUGUAUUCAGUCAUGCAUGCUCCCAGAUCUCAGAGUUUGACUCCGAAACCCGCCCCACAGUCCCCCACUUAUGGGGCCGUCAAGAAGUUUGACUCGCAGAUGAUGGAGGAGAUCAAUGGGAGUGAUUACGUCUGCAUGACUGGAAAUGUGUCUCAGACUCUCAGUACUAAUACUCAAUUUCAAACGUCCACCGCGAAAAACUACGACAGAACUCCAGCCGUUGGGAUCGCUCAAACCCCAACCAAAAGCUUAUCGCCGGUAAAAGAGGUGAGGAAAACGCCUGUCGAACCCGAACCCAGAUCGAAACCAAUUGGUAGCCCAACGGGGAGUUUGGCGAGUGGAAGUAGUACAGGCAAGCUGAAGUUUAGUGGCAAAACGCUGCUGCCCUUUAGCGUAACGCCUCCUAGGCCAAAAGGCCCCACUGAGGCGCAGAAGAAGAUUGAAGAAAUGACCAGGCAGAUCGAGGAGGAAAUGGAAAGGCAGGAAGAAGAAGGAGAAUAUUUCGGCAUUUGUCAUACUUGUAAGGAGAAGGUAACGGGUGCUGGUCAAGCAUGCCAAGCCAUGGGCAACUUGUACCAUACGAAUUGCUUCAUCUGUUGCUCAUGCGGACGUGCAUUACGGGGCAAAGCAUUUUAUAACGUCCACGGGCGAGUAUAUUGUGAAGAAGAUUACCUAGUAAGCCCAAAUGACAAUGAAUACUCAGGCUUCCAGCAAACAGCUGAGAAAUGUGCAAUUUGCGGGCACUUGAUUAUGGAAAUGAUAUUGCAAGCCAUGGGUAAGUCGUAUCACCCAGGCUGUUUUCGAUGCUGCAUAUGCAAUGAAUGCUUGGACGGCGUACCAUUUACAGUGGAUGUGGGCAGCAAAAUAUACUGUGUGAACGAUUAUCAUCGUAUGUUUGCCCCGAAAUGUGCCUCAUGUGGAAAAGGUAUCACCCCAGUCGAAGGAACUGAAGAAACUGUGCGAGUCGUGUCUAUGGAUAAAGACUUCCAUGUCGAUUGCUAUGUUUGUGAGGAAUGUGGAAUCCAGCUGACCGAUGAACCAGACAAGCGCUGUUAUCCUCUAGACGGGCACUUGUUGUGCAGAGCCUGCCAUAUACAAAGACUGAACCACACGCCCCAUCAUAUGCACCCGGUGUCGGCCACUUUCCAAUACGGUGGCUAAGUCACUUCGGUUAAUGGUAUCCAGACUGUUUGGCUCUCUAGAUUUAAGUUUUAUUAUUUAGUUAAAAACAUGCUUUUAUUAUCACUAUAUUGCCAAGGAAGCAAGACUGGAAACACAUUCCGGAGCUGAUUAUUUUUUUAUUCUUACAUUAAGAGGGUUUUUUUCGGAGCUCUAAUGGAACAAACAAUUAAAUUUCCUUACUUAUUUGUACAAUUGUUUCAUGCAGGUUUCGCUGCAAAUGGAAAAGUUUUGCCUUCUGCAGUACAAACUUUUCAUCUAUUAAUGUGCAAUUGGGGGGUGCAAAUGCAUCUUUCCAGAGGUGGUUGACGCAACUAAAUGUUUUUAAGUAUUUUUUUCACUAAUGUCUAUAGUUUUCUGUGAUAUAUUUUACAACAUCCGUAAAACCCGCUAAUUUUGCUUCUACGUUCAAAAGCAUAAGUUUGAGCAAUAAAAAUUAGCAGUUUUCUUUCA